AAUAACUGCGGUACCUGUUUAUCGAUAUCCAAAAGAUCCCAAAAAGUCUUCGAUAAAUUCAUCCCUUUCCCAGCAUCUUCCACUUUCUACUUUGAAUCUCUGAAAAAAGUCACUUCCUUUCCCAUCUCCGCCUUUGUAAACGCGGAAAAAGCCACAUCCGCCAACCAUGCCUACCUUAACCUCUCUCAAAAGAUCCUCGCCGUCGAUUCUCCUCAUCCGGCGACGACUCCAAAACCGCCAUUUCUCGUCUCAGCCUCUUCCCGAAGCUUCAAACAUCAACCCCAACAGUAAAAAUGGUUCCUUUGCCAGAACUUUCAUAAAAUGGGUCUCCGGUGUCGUUGCUGGUUCCAGCUUAGGCACACUCUACUGGUACUCAACUUCAGCUGCGGAUUGGGGUUCCGCUCUUUUAAAGAAACCCUUUUUGUCUCUCGAUGAAUGGUCAAUGGGAAGUGCCGAUUCCGAUGGUUCACAAGGCUUGUUUCGCAAACUAGCCCUCCCUGACUAUAGCUCUAAGUUCAUCUUUGGAGAGGUGUAUAGAAGGAAAGUUUUCUUCAACUAUGAGAAGCGGUUAAGAUUGCGCAGUCCACCGGAAAAGGUUUUCCAGUAUUUCGCCUCUUUUCAAACCCCGGAAGGGGAAUUACUCAUGAGACCAGCUGAUCUGAUGCGAGCAGUUGUUCCUGUUUUCCCUCCAUCUGAAUCCCACCUCGUUAGAGAUGGUUAUUUGACUGGUGAACGGAGUCCCGGCGAGUUACGAUGCGAUCCGUCGGAGUUUUUCAUGCUUUUCGAUAUGAACAAUGAUGGACUUAUAUCUUUCAGAGAGUAUAUCUUUUUUGUAACAUUACUCAGCAUUCCCGAGUCGAGCUUCUCCAUAGCAUUCAAAAUGUUUGAUGCAGACAACAAUGGUGAGAUUGAUAAGGAGGAAUUUAAGAAAGUGAUGGCUUUGAUGCGAGCUAAUAACAGACUAGGGGCAGUCCACUGCGAUGGACUUCGCUUUGGUUCGUUAAAACUUGCUGGUCCGGUGGAGGAUGGAGGUCUGGUGGAAUAUUUCUUUGGAAAGGAUGGAAAGACACGCCUCAAACAUGAUAAAUUUGUUCAAUUCAUGAGAGAUUUGCAGGAUGAGAUGCUAAGAUUAGAGUUUGAUCAUUAUGACUACAAAGGCCGAGGAACCAUAUCGGCCAAGGAUUUUGCAUUGUCCAUGGUUGCUUCUGCUGAUAUGAGUCAUUUAGAUAGGCUGCUUGAGCGAGUCGAUGAACUAAAUGACAAGCCGCAUCUUAAGGAGAUUCGAAUCAACUUGAUCGAAUUCAAACGAUUUGCUGAGCUGCGUAGAAAGUUGCAGCCUUUUUCUUUGGCACUUUUUAGUUAUGGGGAAAUUAACGGUCUACUGAAAAAGGAUGACUUCAAACGAGCAGCAUCUCAUGUUUGUGGCAUCUCUCUUACAGACAGCAUUGUUGAGAUCAUUUUCCAUUUGUUUGAUUCGAACCGCGAUGGGCAUUUAAGCUCAGAUGAGUUUGUUAGAGUUUUACGCAAGCGCGAAAGGGAUAUCGCUCAACCCGUGGAGUCGGGAAUCUCGGGACUUUUAUCUUGCUGCUGGAACUGUUCAAAUGAGAGCGCCAUUGGACAGGUCAAAACAUGAUGGACUUCAACAUAUCGAAUUUGCUUCAACCAAGGAGCCUCUGGUGUCUCAACUGUUGAACCUGUUAUCAGCUGCACUUAUGUCACAGCUACAGAAUGUUCUUGUGAUCCGAAGCCGGGAAAAUACCUGCCGGUGGAGGCAUUAUCGGUUACUUAAUCAAGUGGGGUAUAUCGGCAAUUUGGUUUAUUCAUCAGUAUGUAUCGUGAUCAGAAGCUUUUGCAAAUCAUGAAUUUAUACAAGGUGGAUGGGCUUAAGAGGUGUUCCAUGUUUGUAUAUUGCCUGCAUAUCCUUGCCUUGGGGCUUUGCAUGCUGUUUCAUACUGGUUAUUGCCUUGUUUUUGCUUGUACAUGACAAGUUUCUACAGGUUCUAAACUGUUGGUUGAACGUUUCUUAUGGUAUAUUAAUAAUAAAUUUGUUUUGGA